AUGGAGUCAGAAAACCAAACUUCUGUGACUGAGUUUAUCAUCCUGGGCCUCUCCAGCCAUCGGGGCACUCAGCUCUGGCUUUUUGCACUCCUUUUAGGUAUGUAUGUCAUCACUCUUGUGGGAAACAUUGUUAUCAUUGUUACCAUCCGGAUAGACCCAUGUCUUGAUACUCCCAUGUACUUCUUCCUUGGAAACCUGUCCUUCUUGGAUAUCUGCUACACAUCCAGUGUGGUCCCCCAGAUGCUGGUCCACUUCCUGGCCCAGCACAAAGCCAUCUCUUUCAGCAGGUGCACAGCCCAACUCUAUGUCUCCCUGUCACUAGGGAGCAUUGAGUUUAUCCUCCUGGCUGUUAUGGCAUAUGAUCGCUAUGUGGCCAUUUGCAACCCCCUCCAUUACACUGUCACCAUGAGCAGGAGGGUUUGUAUCCAGCUGGCAGUGGCUUCAUGGGCCAGUGGCUUUCUCAACUCCUUGGUGCAAACCACCUUUACCAUGCGGCUGCCCUUCUGUGGCUUCAAUAUCAUCAACCACUUUGCCUGUGAAGCUGUGGCACUCAUCAAGAUAGCCUGCUCUAACACCUAUGUUAACGAGAUCAUUCUCAUGAUGGCCAGUGUCCUGAUCCUCAUCAUCCCCUGCUCCUUCAUCAUCCUGUCCUACAUCUACAUCAUUUCAUCCAUCCUGCGUAUUUGCUCCUCAGAGGGCAGGUACAAGACCUUCUCCACUUGUACCUCCCACAUCACUGUUGUGAUGCUGUGCUAUGGGACAGCCAUCUUUGCCUACAUGAGGCCCCGGGCCAGUGUGUCACCCAAUCAAGACAAGAUGUUUUCAUUAUUCUAUGCUGUGGUCACUCCCAUGCUGAAUCCUGUCAUAUACAGCCUAAGGAAUAAGGAAGUGAAGGAGGCCCUAGCCAAAGCCAUGGGAAGUGGGCUGUCUUCUGAAAAAAGAUAGAUAUUUCUGUCUCCUUCUA